AUUUUGCUCGCUCACAUGUUCAUUCAUUUUAUUGUUGCUCAAACGAAAAACGUUUAAAUACAAAAUAUUAAUAUAUAACUUUAUUUAUUUUCCAUAAAUCAAUCGUGAAUACCACAAUUUGCAAUUCACUUGCAUAUUUUAAUACGUAUACAGUCAGUAAUUAUCUAACUCGUUAAAUCUUUUGUGGAAAGCAUGCAAUUAAUUAAUUAAGGAUGGAAGACGAAAAUCUUGUGGAUUCAGCCCGACUUUGUGAUCGCUUACCACUUGAUGAUGUUAUUGUGAAAGAAGAGAAUCUUGGGAAAGACACAGGUUGGACUGUUCUCGAAUUUCCGGAAGAAUCCAUCGUCCUGGACAAAUUAACCGAUACAAAAUUAGAAUAUGAGGAUAUUAUACCGAGCCGAAUUUAUAAUUUUCAAAUUGGGACCGACGUAUCAUCUACCUCUGAACCUGAACCUGUCAGUGAUAAAUUAUUCCCUUGUUUGAAAUGCGGGGAAGCUUGUGAAUCUCAGUUUUACUUAACUUUCCACCAUUUCUGUGCCAAGUUCCGCUACCGCUGCCCAAAAUGUGGAGUCAAACUUACAACACUUGGAUUUCUGAAUGCACAUCUAGAUAGAAACAGUUGCAUAGCGCCAUCCACAAGUACUGAAAUCGUCACAAAUAAAGAAGCAAAUCCCAGGUUAAUCCAAACCCUAGGUCAACAAACUAGUAGUGAAAAUAACUCCAAGUCACAGUUUUCCUGCGACCGAUGUGGAUCUACUUUCAAAAGUAGAGACACCUUCAGAAACCAUCAACGUAGAAAGCGGGAUUGUAACCCGGUCCCGAAAUGUCGAAGUCCGUCCAACCGUGUGUUGUUUGCCUGUACAUAUCCCGGAUGCAAACGGAUCUUCUCUAUUCGACACUCGCUAAUUUCUCACAUCAAGUCUCACACUACGGAGAAACCAUUUUCCUGCUUACAUUGCGGUCAGCAGUUUAAAUAUGCCAGUAAUUUGAAGAUACAUUCUCAUUCUUGUGAAGCAAGCAGAACGAAUGUGGUUAAUAGUGAGGAAAUGGAUGCUGAAAACUUAGGAACCGACGAUGAUGGAAAACAACCAAGUCCUCAAAAUUUGGAAAACCGAGAUAACAGGACACCUUCUCUGACCGACACAAGUGGCACACCUGUUCAUGGCUUCAACACCACAAAUAUUUACACAUGUCACAUCUGUCACAGGGUUUGUCGCUCGUUUACAUUUUACCAUCGCCAUGUCGCAGCUCAUUCUAACAUUCGGGGGGAUGAUGUUGACCUACACUGUGCGAAUUGUGGUCGUGAAUACAAGCACAUAUAUAACCUUCGCGCGCAUACAAUGAGCAAGAUUUGCCUCAGCUAUAAUUUCCAGUGCUUACAUUGUGGAAUAAAGUUCAAAAGUGAUGCGGCUUUAAGGCGACACAUUCAAAUGGCACACCCAGAAGUUUUUGACCGUGAGAGAAGAUGUCAAGUUUGUGGAGAGAUUUUUAAAUAUCGCCGUUCGCUGGAGAAGCAUAUGCAAAAAUAUCACAAAAAACUAUUUAAUACAGAAGAAGAAAAAGUAGAUGUAGUUUAUAUAGAUUAAGAUUUAGAUCUAUGUUAAAUAUGUUAGAGAAUAAUAAGCAAAUUAUGCAACAUAAUUUUUACAGAUAUUUUAGAUUUUAAUAAAUUUUCUAUAAUGAAGGAAGACGGCAUGAUCUGUCUCGAGUGUUUUAGACUCGUGCAGUAGGGAAUUUUUCAUAUAAAAUUGCAAUUGCUUGCAUGCAUGUAAAUAAAUAAGUAAUUCAUAAUUUGA